AUGGCAUCGAUUGCUCGCUCCUCGCUGCUGCGGCAGGUUGCUUCGGCCCGGCUGGCCUCUCAACAUAGCGUCAUCGCCAAUGCCGCCCGCGCAAGCGCCUUCCACACCACCGCCCGGAGGGACAUCCUCCCCCCUCUUCCCCAGCGCGUCCAAGGCACAGUAAACGACGCCGCCCCUGUGCCGCCUACGUCACCGUCCCACGGGUCCUACCACUGGACCUUUGACCGGCUGGUGGCCGGGUCCCUGAUCCCGCUCACCGUUGCCCCUUUCGCGGCCGGCUCGCUCAACCCAACGCUCGACGCCCUCCUCUGCGCCACCAUCCUCAUCCACUCGCACACCGGCUUCCAGAACAUCAUCAUCGACUACGUCCCCGCGUACAGGACGCCGCGGGCGCGCAAGCUCUUCAUGUGGGGCCUCAACGCCGCCACCGCCGUCGUCGGCUUGGCGCUCUACGAGUUCGAGACCACCGAUGUGGGCAUCACCGAGGCCAUCAAGCGCAUCUGGACUGCAUAG